AUGUCAAACUUAUAUCAAAGCUUGGGUCCUCAAGGUAGAGCAUUAUUAUCACAGAAUGGUCCUGGAAUACCUUCAACCUUGCUGGGCACCCCAAAUACCAAUCUGUCACCACAAGAACUAGAUUUUCUUAUUAAUGAAUUAAGAAACCCUAAACCAGAUACUACAAUCAAUAAGGUAUUAGGAUAUUUAUAUAAUUACAUUCCUUAUAUCAGACAUGAACAUAAUUUACGACUUGUUAUAGCAAGUUUUUUAAAUUGCCCUGUUUGUUUUGGUGGUAGUGGUACUAGUAUCAAUAGUAGUUUUGAAUUUGAGAAGAAUUAUUUAAUUAUUGAAGUAGUCAAGUUAAUUAUUGAUAAAAAAUUGAAAAUUUCAAUGCCAGUAAUAUCAAUCAAACAAUUUUAUACCAUAAUUUUAAAAGAAUUACAAAAUUUUCAACAUUACAAUCCAAUAAUGAAUAGUUGGAAAAUUUUACCCAUUAUCACAGGAAUAUUAUUAUCUAAUGAAUUGCGUGAUCAAUUGUAUACUGAGGUCAAUUUCGUUGAAUAUAAAUGGUUUUUUGCUAAUUUAGAUAAAGAAAUAUAUCAAUUGUUUAACAAUGCAUUACCUUAUAGUUUGUCUCAAAGUCUUGAUAAUAAUAUCAAUUAUUUGAGUUUAAUGAGUUUAGCCUUAGUAUUUAAGAACAGUGAGAGGCAUCACAAAGAUUCCAGUGAUACAGUUGUUCAUACCAAGAAUAUCAGUAAUAUAUUUAUGAUACAGAAAUUGACUGAAAUGAUAUUUCUUGAUCGUAAAGUAUCAAUGUUGGUGUAUCAGAAAUUUUUCCAAUUGAAUCCCCAUAAUGAAAACAUUGAAUCAGUUAUACUGAAUGACAUUAUGAAUAAACCAGUGGUCAAACAUUUGAAUAAACUUUCAUUUUUACUUGAGCAUUAUUUUUCAGCAUUAGAUUUUACUCAGUUAGAAGACCAAGUUGUUGGACAAAGUUUAAUUAUAAUAACCAAUUUCAACAAACACUUGAAUCAUGAAACAAAAAAUUAUACACUUUUCAAUAAUUUCAAUAACACACCUGACGCAAGAACAGGUAAUAAUCCAUUGACACAGAAUUUCUGGUUUACUAUGAAGAAUUUGUUGUUUUCACAAAUAAUUAUAUUUCAAGGUAUUUUAAGUCGAUUUUUAACUGCUAACAGUAGACUAUUGACCAAUAAAACUUUUUUUUGGUUUUCUUCAAAAAAGUAUUAUGGUAAUCGAAUAGAUACUACUAAUAAUAGUAACAAUAUUGAAUACCAAUAUAAAGAUAUUUCAUUGCAGAUUAUGACCAAUUUGUAUUAUAUUAAUUUUAUUUUGCUAUCUAUUGGACAAGGUGGGUUUGAUAAUUAUAAUUUUGUUUAUUAUUUAACCAUUGAAUUGGCACUUACUACAGGGGUCAGAUUUGAAAAAUUGACAUUAUGUCUAAUGAAUAAUUAUCAAGAAAUCAAUAUGUAUCCUGAUGUGUUAAAUUCUAAUUAUAUAGAUACUUCUAAGAUAUUAUUUGUAUUGGGAGUAUGGGAAAACUAUUUUCAACAAAUGAAUCGUCUUACCCAACAUCGACAACAAGAAAUUUUUAAUAAAGAAAUUUAUAACAUUGUGAUUAACUUGGUUGAUGCUAAAAAAUAUGCUAAUAAUGAUUUAUUAGAAGCUAGUCAUUCGGUAUUGUUAUUUUAUUUUGCCAAUAAUAGUAAAGUCAAUUUAGAUGAUGUUAUGCGAUAUGUUGAAUUGGUGCUUGAGCAAUUUCCACAAAGAAUAUCUGCAACUCAAUUGAGUAUUGCCAUUGAAACCAUUGGUAAGAAAAUUUUAUCCAAUCCAAUUAGUUACAAUAAUUAUAACAGCAGAGGGAACACUAUUUUCAUUAAUUCGGCAGAGAAGUUUUUCAUAUUUUUAUUGAACAAAUAUUCUAGAAUUGAACCUGGUGUUCCAAUUAAACCCAAAUCAAUUACGUCAGUAUCAUCUUCAGGAUCCGGGGAGGCGAAUGUGUCAUUUACAUCAGCACAACCAGUCAAUGAGAUUGAAGCACAUGCUACUUUGAAUACAUUAGAACAAGAAGGGAAAUUAGCCAAUGAUGUUAUUGAUGAGAAUAAAGCUAAGGCACCAUCAAAGAAAAUCAUAAAAAAAUAUUUACCUGAUCUUGUUGGUAAAACCAAGACCAAUUCUGACAACCAUCCAUUUGAAUUUUUUGAUACUCGAUUAACACCAGAAACAGCAAGAGAAGCAACUAUAGUUUCAUUAAUUAAUUUGGUUCCAUACUUUCCAUUAUCAGUAUUUAUUCCGUGGUUAAACCAAGUUUGGGAUUUAAUUGUGCGAAGUGAUUCAAAGGAACAACAAUUUUUAUUCAAUAUGUUAUGGAAAGUUAUUAGUGAGAGUUUAGAUAUAAAUCGAGGAGAUUUAGCCAUUAGAUGGUGGUAUGAAGAGAAACAAUUUACUGCUAAACAACAAAAAUUCGUUGGAAAGUUUUAA